UGGAAUGGGUGAUCUUGUAGUACCAAUUUGGGCAAAACUUGAUCGAAUUUUCGAAUGCUCAAUUUUGGAGUUAAAUUCACAGCCCGUCCUCGGCCUGUGCUCUUUGGCUUCCAUUUGAUGGCCCUGCGAACACUCUCUUCAAGGUCGAAGCGAUCCCUUCCCUCCUUCUCCUACACAUCAAGCCCUAGUUCUCCCUCCUACUCGCACGGCGCCUCCUCUUCGAUCGACUCUUCUCUCUCCGCUACGCUGCUCGCCCACGAACUGUUCGAUGUAUUCUCCCAACCACCUAACGUCCGCGACUCCGACAUGCUCUGCAGCCUCGGGCGCAGGCUAACCCCUGAGACUGUCGAAAUCGUUCUUAAGGACCUUCGAGGAUGGAGGGCGGCGCACGAGUUCUUCCGCUGGGCCUCAUGGCAAGAGGGCUUCCGCCACAGCUGCUACACCUACAAUGCCAUGGCCGAAAUACUUUCCAGGGCCCGCCGAAGAACCCAACUAAAAGCCCUGGCAAGAGAGCUUGUCGGACAGAGAUGCCCAAUGACACCUGGUGCCUUGGGAUUCUUGAUAAGGUGCCUCGGUCGUCAGGGGCUCGCAGAGGAUGCUAGUUUUGUGUUUGACCAUGCCAAAGAUUUGAGCUGUAUACCCAAUUCUUAUACUUACAAUUGCUUUCUUGAGGUUCUGGCUAGAAUGGGAAAGGUUGAAUUGGUGGAGACGAGGUUCACCGAGAUGGUGGAGGUUAUGGGGUGGGAACCUGAUAAGUAUACACUUACUUCUGUCCUGCAAUCUUACUGCAAUGCUGGUAAAUUGGACGAUGUGUUCCGUAUCUUUAAUGAGAUCAAUGAUAAAGGCUGGUUGGAUGAUCACAUCUUUACGAUUUUGGUCGUCUCGUUCUCCAAGUGGGGCGAGGUUGAUCGGGCAUUUGAAAUGGUGGAGUUGAUGGAGAAUUUCGGAAUGAGGCCAAACGAGAAGACUUUUCACGUGUUAAUUCAUGGGUUUUCUAUGCAGGGAAGACUUGACAAGGCGGUUGAGUUGUUUGAGAAGAUGAAGGGGUUGGGUUUGAAUGGGGAUUUACCCCUCUUAAGUGUGUUGAUUGAGGGGCUUUGUGAGGGUAAUGAGAUCAAAAGAGCUUUAAGUUUGUAUAAGGAAAUGAAAGUAGUUGGUAUCAAUCCAGAUCUUUUGUUGGCCAGGAAGAUGAUUUCCACAAUUUGUGCAGAAGGUGAUUUCAUUACAGCUAACCAGUUGUUUGAGGAGGAAGGGGAAAUUCUGGAUUUGGAUAGUUUAGUUUCGCUGUAUAAUGCCGUUCUAGAUGGUCUUGUGAGGCGUGAUGAUGCUGAAUGGGCUUAUACUUUGCUAAAGGCAAUGAUGGAACCCCCAACUUCACCAGCCCAACAUUUGAUAUUUCUAGAGGAUGCUGGCUGUGAAUCUGAAUCAUCUGGAAAUACCAUGUUUAAGAUCAAGAAGACAGCUCAACCAAAUGUGGAGUCUUUCGGUAUUGUAAUAUGCGGUUUGUGCAAGAUCCAAAAAAUUGAUAUUGCUUUGGCUCUAAUGAGAGAUAUGAUUGCAAUUGGUUGUAAAGGAAAAAUACUGAUUUAUAAUGAUAUGAUUAGUGAGCUUUGUAAAGCAGAUAGACUGGAGGAAGGUUAUGAAGUUUUGAGGACAAUGAAGGAAUUUGGGUUUGAGCCAACCGAGUUCACGCAAAAUUCAAUAUUUUAUGCUCUUUGCAAAAGAGAGAACUUUUCUGGUGUUUUUGCUUUGCUCAAGGAAAUGCGCCUAAAAGGGCAUGUACCAUGGAUAAAGCAUUGUACGUUGAUGGUGGAGAGGCUUUGUAAAAAUGGAAAAGUAGAAGCAGCUUAUGAUUUUUUAGAUGGUAUAGUUCAAAUUGGUUUUCUUCCUGAUAUAAUUGCAUAUUCUGCAGCUAUUGAUGGAAUGUGUAAGGCUGGUAAUGUGGAGAAAGCGCUAAGACAUUUCCGCGAUAUUUCUUCCAACUGUUUUUUUCCCGAUGUGGUUGCCUACAACAUUCUGAUAAAUGGUUUCUGCAAGGCAGGAAUGUUAAAUUCUGCUCAGGAAAUGCUAGAUGAAAUGCUAGAAAACCAUUUAGUCCCUUCUGUUGUUACUUACAAUUCAAUGAUUGAUGGUUGGUGUAAGGCUAAUAAAAUGAGCGAAGCUCUUACUUGCCUUACUAAAAUGGUUGAUGCUACGAGAAAACCUAAUACUACAACCUACACCAGCUUAAUUGAUGGCAUGUGCAAUGCUGGAGCACCUGAAGAUGCAGUCUUGUUCUGGAAUGAAAUGAAGGAGAAAGGAUGUGCUCCAAAUGAGAUUUCUUACACGGCUAUUAUACAUGGAUUAUGCAAGUGUGGCAGAGCAGAUGCCGCCCUUGUCUAUUUCCACGACAUGAAGCAGUCUGGAUUUAGUCUUGGUACUUACAUAUAUUUGUUACUGAUAAAUUCUUUGAUUUUGAUUGCUAAAAUGAAUGAAGCUUUUGAGCUUUUGAAUGAGAUCCUUCAGAAGGAUUGCUGCCCUCUUAUUGGUUCUAAGAACCACCAGUUGCUAUUGAAAGCCGUGACCAACUUGUUUGAGCGUAAAUCUCAUCCUGUUGAUUUAAGGGCAUGAAUUGGGAGGUUCUUUUGAAAAAUGUGAAAUUUAGAUGACAUUUAGGAGGCUAUGACGAAAUAAAAUCAUCUAAUGCUGGAGGGAAGGGUGCAGAGAACCAUAUUGUUGGUUUGCAUGCUUACUCAUGGUUAUAAGUUCAUGAGCAAAUCAGCUUCUCAUGACAGCCCAAUCAAACCCGGUUUGAUCAUAUUUCUUUCAUAAGAGAUUGAUCUAUAUCUUAUCAAGCUGUUCAUGAAGUUCUAAACUUAGAGAACGCCGCCUAUCCCUAGGUCAUCAAUGGAACUUGUGCAGAAUUAGAAGCUCUUUAAGAAGUCCAAUGGGACCAGUGAGUGAGAUAGGUGGAACUUCCUGUACAAACAGAUACAAGGAGGAAUGCUCUAGUUGAAAUACUGGCUCAAGUUGCGAAUAUUUAAAUACUUAUGUUGAAACUGAAAGUUCCGAUGAGCAGUCUACUUGCUUUCUAUUAUAAUAAUCAGACUUCAAUUAGCAACAACCUGGAGGAUGCUGAACAAGUGAUGCCUGUUUUCUAUAAAGGCCUUUAAUGCUUUCCAUGCCUACUGGCUAUAGAUGCAUUCCAACCAAAUUGCUACGUGGUGUCUGAAGUCUGUAAUCUGGCUAAAGAAAGAAGAGAAUAAAAAUGCCCUGACACUUUAGUCUUUGAAACAUCUGCUAUAACUACUACAAAACCUCAAUAUAAGAGACUUGCUGCCAUAGACUUUUCCUAAAGGACAAAAGUCUUCUUCUGAAGGUAGUAUGGUGCAACUACUACUAGAAGAAAUGAUGCUUCAAAGAAAAAGUUUUAUAAACACUAUGGAAAGCCCCAAGAGUGUGGUGGAAGCACAGAGCAUUAAAAUGGAAAACCUGUAUUGUUGAAUUAAAAGAACUCAAAAGAAAUUGGCAAAGGAACUUCCACAGCUCCCUCAAAAAAUUAUUUUGAAUCAAGCUUGCUAGCUCAAAAUAUUUUGGCUUCUAACUCAUGUUUUAAUGCCUUAAAUAAUUACCCCCAAAAUUUGAUCUUAAAUUCAGAAGGCACUUACCACUUUACAAAUCUUGCCAAUAUCUUUCAAACAUACAAUCAUUGCCCCAGUAAUAGGAAAAUAAAUGUGACUAAUGGUUCCCUUACUGUUGGAUUAUAUUAAUGAUUAGUCAAUAAACUAAACUAUCUCACAUUCAUUUAGGCAUUACUUUUGCAUAAUCAAUCCAUGCAUAGACCAAUGAAUCUCACCCUGAAGCUGCGUAUAGAUAUGUUAAAUUAAGUCUAGAGAAAGGAAUUCUCUAUAAAAAUCAAGAUACUCUAUAAAUUGAAGAUUAUACUGAUGCAGAUUAUACAAGAUCAUCAAUAAAUAUGUUAUAUUCUUAGGAGUAAAUCUUAUAAUAUGGAGAAGCAAUGAAUAACUAAUUAUUUUAAGAUCUAUUAUUGAAUUUAAAUUUAGAGCAAUUACUCAAAAAAUUUGCAAAUUUUUGCGGAUCAAAAUUAUCUUGGAAGAUUUAAAAUUUUAGUGGAAAGAGCCAAUAUAAGAUAUACUAUGACAAGAUCAACCGUCAACAUUGCUUAUAGUGCAAUACAACAUUAUAUACCAAGUUUGUAGAGGUAGAUGGUAGAGCUAUCAAUAUUGGACCCGACUCGAAAACUCUACCCGACCUGAAAAUUUCGGGUUUGGGUUGACCCAAACCCAAAGGGUUGGGUUCGUGUCCGAAAAACUGACCCGUUUGAAAAAUCGGUUCGAGUUCGGGUUGGCCCGGAAACCCAUGAAUGACCCGGAAUGACACAUAAACUCGUCUGCCUGAUAUGACCCCCACCCUGUCUGCCCCGCUUACCCGGCGCCUGCCUGCCCUGGCUGUCCGGCCGCGUCUUGUUUCGAGGCCAGCGUCGCGUCAUGUUCGACAUCAAUUCCGCGUCGUGUCAGUUGCCGGUGUCAGUUCCGCAUCUUGCACUCGUGCGCGCCUGCGUCAUGGCGUUAGUUAUGCUUCGCUCGUCCCGCUAAAGCCAGCUUCCGCUCCUGCUGCGUCACGGCGUCGUGCAUCCUGCUCCCGCUCCCACUACGUCACGACAUUAGUUCUGUUUCGCGCGUCCUGCUCUUGAGGGUCGGGUCGGGUUGACCCAAACCCAAAGCGGGUCGUGUUCGGGUCCAAAAAAUUGACCCGUUUACAAAAACGGGCCAGGUCGACCCGAACCCGAAUAGUGCCUGGUCAGUUUCGGGUUCAACCGAACCCAAUCGUGACACGAAAUUGACGCCUCUAGUAGAUGGAUAUUUUGUUAAGGAGAAACUAGAGAGGGUUGAUUUACACUCUAUAUGUGCCGAUAAAAAACCAUCAUAUUGAUAGAUUAGCCAAAGAACUAUAACUUCAUGUUGAAGAAUAUUAUAAGCAAACUUGAAAUGAUAAUUUUAUACAACUAAUUUGAGGAGUAUCCCACAUGAUGGGACCUAGGUGUCACACUCUAGAAUCUAUACUGGAAGGAAAUAAUCUAUCGUACUAUCAUUUCGUUAAUCAAGAGAUUACACAUUUCAUAUAAACAACCGAAAGAAAUAUGAUUAUAUUUAUAUUCAUCAAUAUGUACAAUUAUUAUAAACCAAAAAAUAUCAUAUAUACAAUAGUCAUUAUACAAAAGACUAGCUACAUCACUAUAAAUAUAUCAUGACUAAAAAAUGAACUGUAUGUGCCAAAAAGAAAAUUAAAUAUGCAAUAUAGAGUCUUACAUCGCAGGAUCCUUACUCUUUCCUGAAAACAUGUAAAGUCACGUAGAGAGCAUAAAAAUCCAGCAAUAAUUAAAAUCUUACAUUGAAGUCAAUGCAUUGAAAAGAGAAACAAUAUAAUAUAAAUUCUAUAAAUAAUCAAUAUCUAUACUUGUUAUUUAUACCAACUCAGUUUAUAACACAUCAUAUUUCAGUCUAUUAUAUCAUUAAUAAUGAUAUCAAUAAUAGUGAUCCAUACCAGUAAUAAUAAUAAGUGCCAGUGUCAACAUAAUAUUAGUAAUAAAGAACAGUCUCAACAAUAAUAAUAGUACUGACAGAAAAUAACAUCAGUACAGUAUAAGCUAUAAUAUUAGUAAAUAGUAAUGAGUAAUCGAUAAGUAAUCAAUAUCAAUAGUUAGUCAUCAAUAUGUUAUUAUAUGUUCAGAUGAGGGCAUCUUGAUCUUGCUCCUGCCCUUAUGACUCCUGAUUAGUCGUACUCAAUCACUCUCAAUCAUCGCAUUCAUUAUAUCUUGUUAACAAGUUAAUCAUAUUAGUGAUUAGAUAUCUAUAAUAUAUCAAUACUAGCAGUACUAUCCGUAAUAUAUUAAAACCAGCAAUAUUAUCCUUAAUAUAUCAAUACUGACAAUACUAUCUGUAAUAUAUCAAUGCUAGCAUUAAUAUAUAUAACAUAUCAACAUUAUUAGUACUCUUAUCAUGUAUUAGAUAUCAUCAAUACUUUCUGUACUCUUAUCAUUGAGGUAUCAAUAUGAUCAUCCAUACUAUUAUCGUUGAUCAGAUAUCAGCCAGUACAUCAGUAUCAUUUAAGCAUAUCAUUUUCGUACAUAUAAUCACUUCAACUAUUUUAUAUCAUAUCACAUUUCAGUGUACUUUUUUCCUGCUCAUUUUACUUAAAAAUUACUAUACACAUAUUCAACUGAUAAAAAUAUAAUAAAAACAUAUCAAAUCAUUUAGAAUGAUCAAAUAUAUAAUAUAUUAAAAGUUAUGUGGUAAAAACUUACAAAAUUAGAAGAUAAUGCAAUUUUAGCAUAUUUAGAAGAGAUAAAUUCAUAGAAAUCAAAAUCAUUAAAAAUAUAAAUAAGAGGAUAGUUACUUACAACGCUUAGAACAAUUUUUGAAAUAGGAAGGACAAACAAAAAAGCCCAAACGAUCCUCCUCUUUCCUCUCUCUCCUAUUUCUCUUCCCCUCCCCCCUUCUUCUCCUUUGAUUGCUUCCCAUCCAAGACAUGAGUGAGGGAGGUGGUGGGAGAGGA